GCACGUGCGGACAUUCCUUCGGGAUCCUUCAGCUUACCUCGAUACAGCUACGCAGGGUGCAUGUCAGUUUGGCACCAAAGUCUUCACUCUGCAAACUAGGUACGUGGCAUCCUCGCUUCCGCAGUUCAAAGUAGAAGAUGUCCUGAAGAUGCUCGAUGUCUUCGAGCGACUCGGAGGCGAUGGCUGGCCUGAUGAGCCUAAGAUGCCCAUGCUCGAUGCGCCACCCGUACCUGCAUAUUCGAUUUGUCUCACAUUGCUGUGGCCGGUGCCAGUGUUCAUCUUUUGGCUUCUGGAUUUCCUUCUAACUCGUCGAAGACGCACAGUCCGCCAAUCCGGCACAGAUACAGACGGGGGACAACAGCAAUUCGUAGCGCAUGACGAGGACGCAGACGCUUCACAAGAUUAUCCGAUACGUUUGGGCACAUUCGCGCGGGAAACGCGGCCCGGCCAUUUUCCAGUGAUGCUGGCAUCUUUGGAGCAUUCCUUGCCGCACUUGGCGAAAGGUCGGGCAACGGCAGGAGGACUAGGAAAAGUCGUGGAUCUCAUUGCCAGGAAGCAUCCAUCCGACAUAUUGCUGGUUCAUCCGAUGCUGAAACCAGAGGAUGGAAAACUGCAGUACGGGCAACCGCACGAAGAGCUAAUGCCUCUCCGACUCGUGAUCGGAGGUUAUCGCAUGAGAUUUUCCAAUCACGGCAUUUAUCCAAAUCCUCUGUCGCGACGAGCAGUCCUGAGAUUCUUUUCGCUGUGGAACCAAGCGGUGGGUGCUCUACUGGCUCGUCACAAGCCUCGCGUCUUUCAUUGCCCAGAUUUUCACACUGCUAUCGCACCCUGGUACGCGUUGCCGGAGCAUCCAGACUUGCGAAUGCUGCUUGUGCUACACAACGCUGAAUAUCAGGGAACUAUCAGCACAGAUAUGAUCUUUGGUACCAGGCUCAGCACCAUAGCCUCACUGUUCAACUUGCCGCCGCGAAUGGUGGAGGACCAUCUGGUUCUGGAUGGGCGGUUUAACAUGCUCAAAGCAGCUGUCGAUUUCGUGCGAGAGAAGCAAGGUGGUCGUGGUGUUUGUGCAGUCUCCCAGUGGUAUGCAGCUGAGUGUCACGCAAGCUACGGCGUUCUGUGGCCAUUGCCGAGCAUACAAGGUUUGGACAAUCCAAUGCUCGAAGAAGAGCGCGCCGUUGUGAAAGGAGACAUCAAUCAAGCUAAAGCUGAAGCUAAGCAUCGCAUCCAAAGGAGGUUUGGUCUUCAAGAAAACCCCAAUGCGCGCCUCUUCGUUUCAUUAGGCCGACUGGUGCGCCAGAAGGGCGUCGACCUAAUCGCAGAUGUUGCGGGAUGGCUUCUGUCAGAGCAUGUGGAUGCGCAGUUGAUAUUGGUGGGUCCCAUUGGAGAUGGGUUUGGCCACUAUGCUGCCACCAAGCUGCAGCAGCUGGACGAGAACGGACAAUACCAGGGGCGACUGUAUGUGAACAUCCAGUUCAUGCGAGAUCCUGAAGCUCUGAAGGACAUGAAACUCG